AUGCCUCGCCAUCUCCUCCGCAGACACCCCACGGCUCCUCCCUCCUCCGACUCCCCACAACCACAGCCGCCGCAGCCACAACAACGACAGCGACUAAACCAUAUCCCAGUGCAGGGACAUUUUCAAACACCGUCUCCUCGGGGGGUUCCGUUCCCGCAGUUACACCCGUCGUCGGGUGGGCAGAUUGAUCAGUCGGGUAAUGCGGGGGCGCCGGAGCCGGUUCGGCGCGCGGCUGCGGCGCAGGCUGCGCUCUUCUCGUUGUUUGGUAGGGGAGUAGCUGAGAGGCCGCAGGGGAGAGAGUCUAUGGGCGAUGACGAGGAUGGGGAUGAGGAGGAAGAAUAUGACGAGGAAAGCCCGUUUGAUGAGGAAGAGGAUGUGGAGGAGCUGAAUGGUGGGAUCGUCGAAAGGCGAAUUGGACUAGAUCCAGAGGGUAACGAGGUUGAGCUUUCGGAGGAGGACAUGGAGGGUAUGGUUGAGGAAGGUAUGGAAGAGGAGGCUAUAGAGGAGGAUGAGGAUGAGUUGAUGCAAGAUCGAGAUAAAUCACCAUCACCACUUCCCAGUGAUCUCCGUGAGAUUUCUUCACUUGCAUCUUGGACCGUCUCAACACAUAAACCUGGCUGCGGUGUAGCAGCGCUUCGGAACCCAGAUCAUACGCAGUACUGGCAGUCCGACGGGCCGCAGCCACAUACACUUACGCUGCACUUUUUCAAACUUGUUGCCGUUGUUAAGAUCAGAGUGUAUCUUGAUUUCAGUCUUGAUGAAAGCUAUACGCCUACGAAGAUGAUGUUCCUGGCUGGUAUGGGCGGGAAUGACUUAGUCGAGUUCGCAACAUGGGAAGGUGAGGGCCCCUGUGGCUGGGUGGAAGUCCCACUUGAGGGUGUCGGGGGGCAAAAUGGCGGAUGGGUACGAAAGAGGCGAAGACGUCGGCGGGCGCAAAAAUCCGUUCGUCUCCAGGGCAAAAUGGAUAAAGGAAAAAGAAAGUCCGGAAGUACUAUCUUCGCGGAUGAUUCACUGCUCUCCGGUUCCGAGAACCCAGAGAAGUCUGCCCGGAAACUUGGUCGAGCUCAGGAAUUUGGCGUGUACGAUGAAGAGGGCAAUACUGAUGGCGGUGGCGGUGACGAAGAUGAUGACGAUGACGACGAUGAAGACACGUAUUCUGGGAGUGUGCUCAAAGCUAUGGUGAUUCAAAUGCGCAUCAUGGAGAAUCAUCAGAACGGAAAGGAUACACAUGUGCGUGGAUUCCAGGUCUUUGCAAGAGACGAUGACCGCCGACGGAACGGUAAUGCUCCGUCCGCGUCUGCGGAUGGUCGAGUACGGAGACACAGUGCCCGGAAGUCUCUACGGGGUGUUAACAAUGAUGACGGACGAGGCGAUGGCAAUACUAGCGCCGCGGGCAAGGUAACUGCGUUAGAGGAGCCGGAUUGGAUGGGAGAUCCGGUGAUUCGAUGA